AUGCGAUCAUGCGUCCCGGUGUUUUUACACCAUAACUAGCAUAAUUCACAGAACGUUUCGACUAACGUACCGAAAAAAACGCAGUUCAGUUCAGAAGUCUUCUUUUUUUCUGGAAAACAGGAAAGUUCAAAGAGAUAGUUGGAAUAUAGCUUCUUAUGAAGUCUUAAGAUUAUCGGAACUAUUCAUAAGGAAGCAAAAAAAAAGAUUUACAAAAAGUUUCCAAUUUUGCUCGAUUUUGAGGUACAUCGGCCGGUUAAAAAGCAACUGAAUUUCCCGAAACCAGGAAUUGUCUUUUUUAGUAGGUUUGAGGAGUUCUGAUUUAUUAGAUUUUUUUUUUUUGGUUCGGAAAAAAUAAGUAGUUUAGGCCGUUGGUUUUCAGGUUUUUAGAGCUGCGUGAAUUAUCGAAACGACUUAAAAUUGUAAGAAAAAAGACGCUGACGUGGGAAUGCAACUUGGUAAUAGAAUGAUAGUAUAUAAGCAAAGUGGUGAGCUGAUCUAGCCAUUGAAACAAAUCGUCAGCCAACAGCUUGCAGUCCAAUAUCGACCAGUGUGAGUCAAGAUCCCGGCAGAGCCUGCGGGAGACGUCUGGCUCCUCGAGUGAUCACAUAAGGGGCGCCACUUGAGGGACCACUUGAUGGCUGAGCUCCUCGCCUGACAGUACGAUCUAGUUGAUCAAUGAGAUGUAGCCUAAAGAAUCUUUUUCAUUUGAGAAUACUAAAAAGCUGUGUAACUCGUAAUCUUACCGCAGCUCGAGGCAAUUCUCGGAGCAAUGGAUAACUUGAAAAAAAAGCUUCCAAUUCAAAAAACUACCUUGAGAAUUUUCGGAUAAGCUUGUUGAUUGUUCUCAUCAACCGUAUGUAUCCUAGAGAUGAAUAUUUUUCCUUUUCGGCAUUUUUUUAAGCUUAGAUCUCUAUCCACCCGUAUUUUGGGCCGAAAUUCGGAACUUCGGGUCAUAUUUUAUUUGUUCAUUUUUCAUAUUAAUGAACCAAAACCGAACCUUAAAAAAAUUUUUUCCAAAUGUCGAAGUUAUUUAAAAUUACGCUGGGUUUUCACGGUCCAAGGCUUUUGAACUUUUUUAAUUUUUUUGAGCAUUUAGAAACCUAGAUUUGCAGAAAAUUUCAUCCAUUUGAAAUAAUCUGUUCUGAUAUUUUCCAUUCAUUUUUUUUGUUUUCGUUAUGAUGAAAUUCCAUUUGGAAAUGGUGAGUUUUCUGUUGGAACCAAGUUGAAAAGCAAGAAACUUUUGGAUAUUUCAACUUGGGCUAAGAAUAUUUUGACAAUGAAUGAACUUUUCUCUUGUGUUUCUUUCAAUCAAAUGACUAUUUUUCAGCCACGGACGCUUCGCCAAGAAUGAAGUGGAACCGUGCUGAAGGUUUGCUCAUUUUCGUACUUUUCCGAGCUUAAUGCUUUUUUGAUUUCAGGAAAGUUGAACCUCAAGCUGUUGCUCAUGAUACCGAUGCUUUACGCACUUCCUACUACUGCUAUCCGUUAGUAACUUUUUUUUUGUUCUUCAUGAUUGUAGCUCGGAUUUGCUCACUUUUCUUUGAAAGAAACUCAAAUUGUGAUUAUGAUGGUUUUUUUUUUCAAAUAGUUUCUGUUAGCAGUCCUUAUAAUGCAUUAACAAAAUCUUCUAUGAUUUUUUUCACUUUCUUUUUUUGUUACUGGUAUAAAGAAGAUUGUGUUUAUUGAAAAGUGUGUCGCGAUUGUGAUAUAGAGAAGAUUGAUCUCGUGUUUCUUGGAAAGUGUGUCGCGAUUGUUGGACUCAAGUACCUUUUUGAAAGAUGAGAAAAGAAGUUUUAUCACGGACUACUGAGUAUACGAGAUCAAAUGCCCAAGAAGAGAUGGAACAACCGCCAGGAACCGAUACCAGAUGAAUCACCGGAGCAGUCAGCCAUAAUACGACGACCAUCCCGAAGCGGAGGCUAAUAACAACAGCCGUCCGAAGGAUUUACCAAUGGGAGAGGCUGCAUAUAAAAGGACGAGCCAUCGCCGACAAAAUGCACCUCGCCGCUGACCCGAACUAUGGCCACCUCUAUACCAUUAUCAUAUCAACUUCUUAUAAAAACCCCAUCUUAUAUAUAGCUUAGCAUCAGGGUUGUGCGAGAUCUCGUCUCGUGCUUCUCUCGAGGAGAAAUUCACUUAACGUGUCUCGUCUCGAUUCACCGAGACACAUUUUGAAAAUGUCUCGUCUCGAAAAAAGAAAAAAGAUUUGAUUUUAAACGAGAUAUUUUCGAGAGAUAAUCAGUAGACGUUUUUGAAUAUUGAGUAAAUUUCGCCCAACGGGCGGAAGCCUUGGUCAAUGGACGUGGCGGACUGCAAGAGCGGCACGGUUUAUUGCAAAAAUGAGAGCCGAGUUAUGUGGAUCUAGUGUUGUAAACAUAGCAUUCAAUGUUUUUUUUUUUGAAUGAAAUUGAAAAAUACGACAGAAUUUUUUUGUUCAGGUGGUUGUCAUUAGCCUUGUACACUCAAAAAAAAAAAUGUUAAAGAAUGAGUUUUUUCAAUCAUUAUAUUUUUUUAUUGUUAUUUUCAUAAAUUUUUAGUGUACUUAUUUGAAAAAUUUCUUAAAAAUAUGAAAAUGAUGAAGUUAUAAGUCGGCAAAAAUGAUAUCUGCCAAAAGGAUUCGAACCCUGGUCACAAUAUUGACAAGCUUUGGGAGACCACUACCCUCGAAUGCUGAGCAGGGUACCCCAGCCGUGCUAACACGGGGUCUCAGCGGGUGAUCCCGUAUUAAACCCGUACAAGCCCAGCUAGCUUUUGGCAAUUUUCAGCCCAACUGAGACCCCGCUUUAACCCAGCUGGGUCACAUAUUUUUCUUACACCCGUUGUUCCCCCGUUUUAGCCCAACUGAGACUAAAAUAACCACAGAAACACGGGUUUAAUACGGGUACACCCGCUGAGACACCUGCUCAGCAUGCGAGCCACUACAUCACGCCGCCAGUUGCUAGCCGAAGGCGCCGAGCGCGGGCAUAUACGUAGGGACCGCAGACGAAUUUUCAAAAAAAAAUGUUCAGCAUUCAGCUUUGUAUGGCUUGAUAGCUGUUUUGAUUCAAAACUCAGAACCGUUUAGUUUUUCGAAAAAGAUUGAGGAUGAAAAAAGUUACGACGGAAAAUGUGACGCGCCGCUCAACAUUUUUUAGUACUGAAACUUUGGUAUUAUCCAUUUUAGACAUUUUUCUCGAUUUUUCUUCUAGAACAAGUUUCGAUACUGGUCUAUUAUGAUGUAACGAAUCAUAAUAGAGUGCUGAAAUGAUGCUCAUCAGCUAGUUUGCCGAAAAAGUCGGUAUUUUCCAGAAAACAAAAAACUGACGCUUGCGGGUAUCGAACUCGCGACCUCAAAACGAAAUUUCGCAGCGCACGCGCUGCGCCAAGCUGUCAGGUCUAGCAAAGGGAGCUUCCAUCCGCCAUACCCGUGAGCCGUUUGAAUAGCACAGAUUGCCUAUUUCAAAAAUGAAAAUUUGAAGUAAUUUAGCUAUUUCUAUCCUAAUAUGUUCGCAAAUCUUCACUCAAACUUUUCGUAGAAAUUCACUUCGAAAAAAACUGUUUUUUUUAGUGACUUUUUGCCUCGUUAAACGAUCGCUACAUUAAAACGGCCCCGUGAUAUUUUUGGCAAAGACGAUUUUUUUAUUCUUUUUAAUUGAAAUAUUUUUUUACUAAUAAAUGCAUAAAUCGUUAAAAACCUGCGUUCGACCGCUUUCUGUGUGAUAAACGCCGCUAAUUUUUAUUAUCUAGUUUCAAGAGCAUUUUUGCGUAUUAAACAACUUUUUCAAGCAAAGAUGCUGUGGAGAAAAUUUUAAGUAAGCCCAUGAUCUAAAUUUUGAAAAAACAAAAACUCGAAUAUAUUCGCUAACGAUGUUUUGAAUUAUGACUUUCGGCACUCCCUAAAAUUUUUGGCAAAGACGAAUUUUUUUAUUUUAUUUUUUUAAAAUUACCGUUACUUGAAUCAAAAAUCAUUAUUUAAAAAAAGAGUGCGUUCGACCUGAAAACACAUGAAAAAGCAAAAAAUGACAAAUUUUUUUAGUUCCAUUCACGUUUUUGUACGACAUUCCGCGAGAACGCUUCAAAAAAGCGUGAAAUAUUUUUUAAACGAAAGAGGAAGCUUUUUUGUACAUGAGUGUCAAAUUUUAUCAGCCAGUUCCACAUAUUUUGCAACUAAAACAAAAUGAAAGUUGAAAACCAAAAAAAAGCCACUUUUUCUAUCGCGAAAAGGGGCGUGGCUUUGCGGUCUCUACUUAUACGCGCUGGAAAAAUUUCGACGAGCUUUUCCUCGGUUGUCUGAGGGGUUUAGCAGAAUUUUAUUUUUGAUUCCGGGUGCUCUUACCCAAGCCUAUCAAACCCACACGGUCUCAAUUCUCAACUCGAUGUUCAGGGGAGACCAUACCCUAGUGAGACCAUUCCUGGUUAGAGAAUCAUAUAGUCCGUUCAGAUUUUGAAUGUCAAGUAGAAUGACGUCAUUCGAAAACGCUCUGUGGAUGGCUCGCUCUCGGAUUGGUUCAUCGCGCUAUUAGGAGGCGGAGCUUCAGCGACCACUUGACAUUCAAAAUCUCAACAGACUAUAUCCGGUUAACGGCAGAUCUUUAUCGCUAGAAGGCGUGGCAUUGUCUUGAUCGCAUUUCAGUGAAUGUCGGAAUACAUUUUUCAAAAAAUCUGUCAGCAGUCAGAAAGGAAAUAAAAUCGAAGUUCCGCAUCAUCACUUGAAACACAUAAUUAAUAAUUUAAAAAAAUUUAAAAAAAAUUUGAAAUUUUUCUCUUUCUCUGAAUUUUUGAGAAUUGAUAAUCGAUUAUUUGCUGCGGAUCUAAGGGAGCUGACCCCGUGUCUCUUGAAUGAAGUUUUUCUUGAAAAAAAUUUUUUUGGAGUUUUUAGAAGAGACUUUUUUUGAAAAAAAUAAACGGUAUUUCAAGUUGAACGUAACAUGACUUUUACUUUCAAUCAAUGGGAAUCAUGAUUUUUCAGAAACUUGCUGCAAGCGUCCCAUAAACGCAUACAAAGAUGUAGACGCUAUCUCAGUUGAAUGUCGAACGGAUGUCAGAUGUACCGAAGCGCCGAUUUACGCGUAUAAUGCUCGAAGUGGCGAAAAAGUCUAUACGUUUUUGAAUUCGGCGGUGAAGAUCAGUACCACCGUUAUAAUCGGAAAUACGACGUCGUUCUAUUUGGAUAAUUUGGAAGAAAUCGACCACAAUGGAACGGGUACGUCCAAUUGCAUACUAAAAACUAACGUAGGAUCUCUCUAUUAGCUUUGGUUCUAACAGAAAGUCGCUGCAAUUUGAGUGGUUCAGUGGUUUUUGGGUGUAGAAAGCUUUUGGUGUAUUUCUCACAAAGGAACUGUUUUUACCCCUCGGUUGAACUUUUGACGAAACUUCACAGGGAUGUAAUUUAAGGAACGCUGAUUCUAAAUCAAGAAUAAAAUGUCUCGAACUUUGCCUCGCAUACGAGGAAACGCAAGUCGAGCUAGUCGAGCUACUCAGCACGGAUGGCGCACGGUGCAUUGUGCUUUUUUGCACUCUGGUGCGAAACUGGAGUCUGCACCGUGCAAUUUCGGUAUUUUUUUGGUGUCGCACUAGUGCAGCACUCUAAAAGCACUGAUUUGACGCCUUUGCACCAAAAAGUCACCGAAAUCGCACGGUGCAGACCCCAAUUACGCACCAGAGUGCAAAAAAGCAGAAUGCACAUCCCUGCCGAGAGGUUUUGGCUUGAAAUUUAUCAAAUUUCUGCUUUCUUCCUUCUUUUGGCUGGAAAAAAGUUUUUUGGAGUAUAUCAUGAUAUGCAUAGCCGGAUCAUCCAAGGCGAUUGUAUAAAAAUAUAAAAUAUGGUUAAAAGCAUUAUUCUAUAAAAUUUCAGGCCUAAUUUUCACAUUUCCUACUAAUGUUUUCUCAGUUCCUUUACUGGAAAGAGGUCUUAUAUUAGAUUUCAGCAAAGUUUCAUCAAAAGUUCAACUGGUCACCAAAAACAUUUCCCUUGUAAGUUUAUUUGGGGAAAUUGCUAUCUCUAUAUAUAAAAAAUUAGUGCGCGAAUUUUUCCGCUUGACCUUUGUUGAGGGUUAGGGUUACAUCUCAUAUUUCACUAGGCUGUUUUUUCACUCCAAUUGUUUAAAAUUUAUCUUCUGUUUGUAGGACCAGCUUUAACAUUGCUGAACGCCGAGUUGGGUCUUCAUUCUUUCAUUAAAUUGAAUAUUAUCAAAGUUCCUGACUACUCUGUUUUUUGCAACGGCGGUGCUGAACUAAUCAGGAUAGAAGGAUAUAUUCCCCAAGUUGUACUCGACCGACUGUACAAAGUGGGAAAUGACGUGGGUAUUAAUUUUUUUUUUCGAAGUCACGAGAAGAAAAGAAGUAUAUUUUACUUUGUUCAAAAUUUCUGGGUGACCUUUUCAGGUUACUAAAAAGUUUGUCUUGGAGUGAAAUGACUCAAAAAAACUUGCUUCGAGAAUAUCUUAUUGCAUUUAAAAAAAAAAUGCACAAGCAGUUCUAUAGCACUCAAAAAAAUCACAUCAUGCUUACUAAACGUGGCUUCCAUUAUUUGUAAUAUCAAUAAGGUAGGCUCACAUACACGGCCUCGUGAGAAGCUUCGUGAGAACAACUGUAAUACUGAUGAAAUUUCUGGAACUAUUGAAAAAAAGUUCCUCAGGGCUGUGGCGGGGGCAUAUACUUUCCUCCCGCUAUGUAACCGUGAGGAACUCGCAUGCUGAGCAGGGUAACCCCGCCGUGCUAACACGGGGUCUCAGCGGGUGCCCCCGUAUUAAACCCGUAAAAGCCCAGCUGAUAGAACUUUUGGCAAUUUUUAGCCCAACUGAGACCCCGCUUUAGCCCAGCUGGGUUACAUAUUUUUCUUACACCCGUUUUUCCCCCCGUUUUAGCCCAACUGAGACUAAAAUAACCUCAGAAACACGGGUUUAAUACGGGUACACCCGUUGAGACACCUGAUCAGCAUGCGAGAAAUCGCUUAAAAUGAUCAGAUUUUCCCCAAUUUGCAACAAAUUGAGAGAGAAUCAGUCAAAAAUGUUCAUUUCAACCUAAACACUUAUUUUAACCCGAACACCGUUGUGUUUGAUUAGCAAUUAACUUGCGAAAAUGGAAAUUUUCACUUAAAUGGAAAAUUCUUAUUUACUGGCAAAAUAGGCACACAUUUCUGAUGAAAAAACAAGUGGAUGUAACUAUUUUAAACAGAGGAAUCAAAAGCAAUUAUAUAAAAAUCGAGGAAAUACUUCAAUGUUCUUUUAAAAUCCAGUUUUUUUGCCAGUAAUAAGUUAUGAAAAAUCACAAGUUAUGAAAAGAAAUGUAUUGAAAGAAAAAAUUCUAGAAUAUUUCGUUAAAAUUUUGCGAACAUGAAUCAUUUUUUCAAAGACUAACGCAAAAACAUUUUUAAGAAAAAUACGAUUAUUUUUUUCAGACUCUUAAGCCCUGCAAGUCAUGGAAGGCGACUACUCAGGCGUCUGUUCUCGGCGCGACCCAAGGAGCAGGCGUCCCGAGCUCGAACUCUUCUGCGGUGAUCUCCCGAAUGUGCACCCAGAAGACAGACGCCGAAGAGGAAAAGUGCUCUAGCAACAGUGAGUUUGGACAAAAUUGAGUAAUAAAAACACUAGAAACACGAUUUUAGUGAGAAAAAUCGGAAGUUUCGGAAUAAAUAAUUAAUCGUCUUUGAUUGGUUUGAAAGGCUGUGAUUGUAGAAGUUUUACGGUGCAUAAAUAGAACCAAGCCUUUUUUUUUCAUUUUUCACACGAUAUGAGUCCUUCGAAUUUUCCACAUAGCAGAGUUAUUUGGACUUUAAACAGACACGCUCCUCUACAUCGCCUGUGGAGUAAUAGUGGUCCUUCUGAUUGUGAGCGUCGUUUCGACGAUCAUCGCCCUCAAGUUCUACUUCUGGCGCCACAAAAAGGACCUCAUUCUAGCUUCUUUGGGUAUUGGUUUUUUGAUAGAAAAGUUUAGUAUCUUGCGUUUCCAGGCAAACCGCAAACCGCUACUCCAUGA